CAUGACAGCAAGCUGCAGCUUGGAAGUUGAACUAGUUUGUACUUUCCAUAGCUUCUGCCUAGGAAAAAACUCUUUUUCUCUGGAUCACUGGCAUGGUGUUUACUUUGAUCACAAGAAGAACAGGCUUUCUUAGGUUUUUCAGUUUUCUGGCUAACAAUGCAGGCAAGAACAAACAGAAGUAUAAAAAAAGAGCUUGUUAUAGCGUCUCCGCAACAGUACAGGGAUGCAGCUCAGUGUGAAGUAGAAGUGGACAGUCCUGUGGAAGUGCUGGCAAAACCAAAGCUAAUUGAACCAAUAGACUAUGAAAAUGUCAUCGUCCAAAGGAAAACACAAAUUAUAAAUGAUGCUCUACGUGAGAUGCUGCUUUUCCCUUAUGAUGACUUUCAGACAGCAUUACUGAAACGCCAGAGUCGAUAUAUAUGCUCUACAGUUCCUGAUAAUGCAGAGAAGGAAGCUCACAGCUUGUUUGUAACUGAGUGCAUCAAAACUUACAAUUCAGACUGGCAUGUUGUUAACUAUAAAUAUGAAGACUACUCAGGAGAGUUUCGGCAGCUUCUAACCAAAGGGACCAAAUCGGACAAACUUCCAGUUCAUGUAUAUGAAGUUGAUGAAGAAGCAGAUAAAGAUGAGGAUGCAGCAUCUUUAGGAUCUCAAAAGGGCGGGAUAACAAAACAAGGAUGGCUGUACAAAGGCAAUAUGAAUAGUGCAAUCAGUGUAACCAUGAGGUCAUUUAAAAGAAGAUUUUUCCACUUAAUCCAACUUGGCGAUGGAUCAUAUAAUCUCAAUUUCUACAAAGAUGAAAAAAUAUCUAAAGAGCCAAAAGGAUCGAUAUUUCUGGAUUCUUGUAUGGGUGUUGUUCAGAACAGCCGAGUCAGGCGUUUUGCUUUUGAACUCAAGAUGCAAGACAAGAGUAGUUAUCUUCUAGCUGCAGACAGCGAACUGGAAAUGGAAGAAUGGAUAACCACUUUAAACAAAAUUCUCCAACUAAACUUUGAAGCUGCAAUGCAAGAGAAAAGAAAUGGAGAAUCUCAUGAGGAUGAUGAACAAAACAAAAUGGAAAGCUCUUCAUCCAGUUUAGACAGCUACUUCCCUGAAAUAACCAAGAGUACCAGAGAAGCAGAAAUCAAAUUAAAAAGUGAAAGCAGAGUUAAACUUUUUGCCUUGGAUCCAGAUGCCCAGAAACUUGACUUUUCGGGCAUUGAACCAGAAGUCAAGCCAUUUGAAGAGAAGUUUGGGAAAAAGAUUCUAGUGAAGUGUAAUGAUUUAUCUUUCAAUCUGCAAAGCUGUGUUGCUGAAAAUGAAGAGGGACCAACAACAAAUGUAGAACCUUUCUUUGUCACAUUGUCAUUGUUUGAUAUAAAAAACAAUCGGAAGAUUUCAGCAGACUUUCAUGUUGAUUUGAAUCACAUCUCAGUGAGGCACAUGAUAUCAAAUACUCAAGAGCAACUGUUGAAUGGCAGUGACGAUUGUUUACACAGGGUUCAAGACAUUAUUCAUGAGACCAUGUUGCAGUAUCCAAAGCAGGGAAUAUUCUCAAUCACGUGUCCACAUCCCGAGAUAUUUCUUGUGGCUAGAAUAGAAAAAGUAUUGCAGGGAAGUAUUACCCAUUGUGCUGAGCCAUACAUGAAAAGUACAGAUUCUUCUAAGGUUGCACAGAAAGUAUUGAAGAAUGCCAAGCAAGCAUGUCAAAGACUAGGUCAAUAUAGAAUGCCUUUUGCCUGGGCAGCUAGGACAUUGUUUAAAGAUGCAUCAGGAACCCUGGACAAAAGUGCAAGGUUUUCUGCUCUCUAUAGACAAGACAGUAAUAAACUCUCAAAUGAAGACAUGCUUAAGCUGCUAGCAGAUUUCAGGAAACCUGAAAAGAUGGCCAAGCUGCCUGUUAUUUUAGGAAAUCUAGAUGUAACAAUUGAUAAUGUCUCUCCAGAUUUUCCAAAUUAUGUUAACUCAUCAUACAUUCCCAUGAGACAGUUUGAAAACAGUACCAAGACAGUAAUAACGUUUGAAAUAGAGGAAUUUGUUCCAUGUAUACCCAAACAUACUCAGCCUUUCACCAUCUACAACAAUCAUCUGUACGUCUAUCCAAAGUACUUGAAAUAUGACAGUCAGAAGUCAUUUGCAAAGGCUAGAAAUAUUGCUGUUUGCAUUGAGUUCAAAGACUCGGAUGAAGAGGAUUCUCUGCCUUUAAAGUGCAUAUACGGUAGACUAGGUGGGCCAAUAUUUACGAGGAGUGCAUUUGCCACUGUUUUGCAUCAUCACCAAAACCCAGAGUUUUAUGAUGAGAUUAAAAUAGAAUUGCCCACACAGCUACAUGAAAAACAUCAUUUGUUGUUCACAUUCUACCAUGUCAGCUGUGAUAAUUCAAGCAAAGGGAGUACCAAGAAGAGAGAUGUUGUUGAAACACAAGUUGGCUAUUCUUGGCUUCCACUCCUAAAAGAUGGGAGAGUAGUGACAAAUGAGCAGAACAUUCCUGUAUCAGCAAACCUUCCUUCUGGCUAUCUUAGUUAUCAGGAUGUUGGGAUUGGCAAGCAUUCCGGUCCUGAAAUUAAAUGGGUAGAUGGAGGUAAACCACUUUUAAAAAUUUGCACUCAUCUAGUUUCUACUGUGUAUACACAGGACCAGCACUUACACAAUUUUUUUCAGUACUGUCAGAAAACAGAGUCUGGAGCUCAGGGACUAGGAACUGAUCUUGUAAAGUAUCUUAAGAGUCUUCAUGCUAUGGAGGGUCAUGUGAUGAUAGCUUUCCUCCCUACCAUUCUAAACCAACUGUUUCGAGUUCUCACCAGAACUAGUCAAGAGGAAGUUGCAGUCAAUGUGACCAGGGUUAUUAUCCAUAUUGUUGCCCAGUGCCAUGAAGAAGGGUUGGAUAGCUACCUGAGGUCAUAUGUCAAGUAUGCGUAUAAAGCUGAGCCUUACUUUGCUUCUGAAUACAAGACGGUACAUGAAGAGCUGACCAAAUCCAUGACAACAAUUCUAAAACCAUCUGCUGACUUUCUUACAAGCAACAAGCUCCUUAAGUAUUCAUGGUUUUUCUUCGAAGUUCUGAUAAAAUCAAUGGCUCAACAUUUGAUAGAAAACUCUAAAGUUAAGUUGUUACGAAACCAGAGAUUUCCCGCUUCUUUUCACCAUGCAGUAGAAACAGUUGUUAAUAUGUUAAUGCCACACAUCACUCAGAAGUACAGAGACAACCCAGAGGCUUCCAAAAAUGCAAACCAUAGCCUUGCAGUCUUUAUAAAGAGAUGUUUCACCUUCAUGGAUAGGGGUUUUGUAUUUAAGCAAAUUAAUAACUACAUCAGCUGCUUUGCUCCAGGAGAGCCAAAGACCCUUUUUGAAUUCAAAUUUGAAUUUCUUCGGGUGGUAUGUAAUCAUGAACACUACAUCCCGUUGAAUCUACCUAUGCCCUUUGGAAAAGGCAGGAUUCAGAGAUACCAAGACCUUCAGCUUGACUAUUCAUUAACAGAUGAGUUUUGCAAGAAUCAUUUCUUAGUAGGACUACUCCUGAGGGAGGUGGGAAAUGCAUUACAAGAGUUCAGAGACAUCCGGCAGAUUGCAAUUAGUGUGCUCAAGAACUUGAUGAUAAAGCAUUCUUUUGAUGAUAGAUAUGCUUCCAGGAGCCACCAAGCAAGAAUAGCUACUUUGUAUCUGCCAUUGUUUGGACUGCUAGUAGAAAAUGUUCAGCGAAUCAACGUCAAAGAUGUGUCUCUGUUUUCUGUUAAUCCUUCCAGCAGUAGUGCAAAAGAUGAAUCACUCAGUUUGCCCACUGCAAAUCCUGUAGUAACACCACAAAAAUCAGGAAACACAUUGGAUAACAGCCUUCACAAAGAUCUGUUUGGUGUUAUUUCUGGCAUUGCUUCCCCGUAUACCUCUUCAACUCCAAAUAUCAAUUGUGUAAGAAAUGCUGACUCAAGAGGCUCUCUUAUAAGUACAGAUUCAGGAAACAGUCUCCCAGAAAGGCAUAGUGACAAGAGUAAUUCUCUUGACAAGAGAGAGAGACUGCUCAGAAGGCAUUCUGCUCAUGCUAUGCGCGCUAGUGGAGAGGAAGAAGAAAAUUUCCACUCAACGAAGAAAAAACGCAUUACUGUGGACUUUUCACUUCUAACAAUCCCAGCUUUGCCAGAGAAUGUUUUGCAUGCUGCUCUCUGCCUUCAGUUACAAGAAAACCAACAGAGUGGCACUUUAGGAAGUUCUUUAAUUCGCUGUGACAAACUUGAUCAAGCAGAGAUCAAAAGUCUGCUCAUGUGUUUCCUUCACAUUUUAAGAAGCAUGUCAGAUGAUGUUUUGUUUACAUAUUGGAACAGGGCUGCAACAUCUGAACUUAUGGAUUUUUUCACAAUCACAGAAGUGUGCUUGCAUCAGUUCCAGUACAUGGGGAAACGAUAUAUAGCCAGGAACCAGGAGGGGUUGGGAUCCAUAGUUCAUGAUCGAAAAUCUCAGACAUUGCCUGUUUCCCGUAACAGAACAGGAAUGAUGCAUGCCAGAUUGCAGCAGCUGAGCAGCCUGGAUAACUCUCUCACUUUUAACCACAGCUAUGGCCAUUCAGAUGCAGAUGUUCUUCAUCAAUCUUUACUUGAAGCCAAUAUUGCCACUGAAGUUUGCCUUACAAUUCUGGAGACUUUAUCUUUAUUCACAAUGGCUUUUAAGAAUCAGCUACUGACGGAUCAUGGGCAUAAUCAACUGAUGAAAAAGGUUUUUGAUGUGUACCUCUGCUUCCUUCAGAAAAACCAGUCUGAAACUUCAUUAAAAAAUGUCUUUGGUGCUUUAAGGACACUAAUUUUUAAGUUUCCUUCCACAUUUUAUGAAGGUAGAGCUGACAUGUGUGCUGCAUUGUGUUAUGAGAUUUUGAAAUGCUGUAACUCCAAACUGAGUUCAAUUCGUACUGAGGCUUCACAGCUGCUGUAUUUCUUAAUGAGAAAUAACUUUGAUUACACGGGGAAGAAGUCUUUUGUAAGAACACAUCUGCAAGUAAUUAUUUCAGUAAGCCAGUUGAUUGCUGAUGUUAUUGGAAUUGGAGGAACUAGAUUUCAGCAGUCUCUUUCCAUCAUUAACAACUGUGCCAACAAUGACAGAAUUAUUAAGCUUACUACGUUCCCAUCUGAUGUCAAAGAUUUGACGAAGCGGAUUCGUACAGUAUUAAUGGCUACAGCUCAAAUGAAGGAGCAUGAAAAUGAUCCAGAAAUGUUGGUGGAUCUUCAGUACAGUUUGGCAAAGUCCUAUGCCAGCACUCCUGAACUGAGGAAGACGUGGUUAGACAGCAUGGCAAAAAUUCAUGUUAAAAAUGGGGAUCUUUCAGAGGCAGCAAUGUGUUAUGUCCAUGUAGCAGCACUGGUUGCAGAAUAUCUCACGCGAAAAGGGAUGUUUAGGCAAGGCUGUACUACUUUUAGAGUAAUCACUCCCAAUAUCGAUGAAGAGGCUUCAAUGAUGGAGGAUGUUGGGAUGCAAGAUGUUCACUUCAAUGAAGAUGUACUGAUGGAAUUAUUAGAGCAGUGUGCUGAUGGGCUCUGGAAGGCUGAACGUUAUGAACUGAUUGCUGACGUAUAUAAGCUUAUAAUUCCCAUUUAUGAAAAGCGGAGAGAUUUUGAGAGAUUAGCUCACCUAUAUGAUACACUUCAUCGGGCAUACAGCAAAGUGACAGAAGUAAUGCAUACAGGCAAGAGACUGCUGGGCACUUACUUCAGAGUAGCAUUUUUUGGACAGGGCUUCUUUGAGGAUGAAGAUGGAAAGGAGUAUAUUUAUAAAGAGCCGAAACUGACACCUCUUUCGGAGAUAUCCCAGAGACUACAAAAGCUCUACUCUGACAAAUUUGGAUCUGAAAAUGUCAGAAUGAUCCAGGAUUCUGGCAAAGUAAAUCCUAAGGAUUUGGACUCUAAAUAUGCAUAUAUUCAAGUUACACAUGUAAUUCCAUACUUUGAAGAAAAGGAGUUACAAGAGAGAAAAACAGACUUUGAGAGGGCCCACAACAUUCGGCGUUUUAUGUUUGAGAUGCCUUUUACUCAAUCUGGCAAAAGACAAGGCGGUGUGGAAGAACAGUGUAAACGGCGAACUAUUUUGACAGCAAUACACUGUUUUCCCUACGUGAAAAAGCGCAUUCCUGUAAUGUAUCAGCACCAUAGUGAUCUAAACCCCAUUGAAGUUGCCAUUGAUGCAAUGAGCAAAAAGGUUGCGGAACUCAGGCAGCUUUGUUCUUCAGCUGAAGUAGAUAUGAUCAAACUACAACUAAAGCUACAGGGAAGCGUCAGCGUUCAGGUUAAUGCUGGUCCAUUAGCAUAUGCAAGAGCUUUCUUAGAUGCUACAAACACCAAAAGAUAUCCAGACAAUAAAGUGAAGUUACUGAAGGAAGUUUUCAGACAGUUUGUUGAGGCUUGUGGUCAUGCCCUGGGGGUAAAUGAACGACUUAUAAAGGAAGAUCAGUUAGAGUAUCAGGAAGAAAUGAAGGCAAACUACAGAGAAAUGGCAAAAGAGCUUUCCGAAAUAAUGCAUGAACAAAUUACUCCUGUUGAAGAAAAGACCAGUGUUAUAUCUAAUUCGCUACACAUUUUCAACGCCAUAAGUGGAACUCCAACAAGCACAACAGUUCAUGGGAUGCCCACAUCAUCUUCAGUUGCAUGAUUGUUACGUAAAGGAAAGUAAAUUUUUCUUAAAGUGUGCGUGGAUAUGUUGUAACACUUCCAAACUCAGGAUGAUUUCAGAGCUAAAUAUUAGGCACAUACAAGCCAUGUAAAUUAAUACUAAAGACUGAGCACACUUAAAUAUUGGGGGAGGCGCAAGACUAGAUAAAUAGUGGUUAUAGUUCUGUAGAAAAACAAAAGGGUGCACAUAUAUUUUUGAAUUUUGCUGGCAAUGUUAAAAAUGUUCACAAUGUCUUUACAGAGGUGUGUGUUGGAAACUUUAUCAUGGAAGUUAAUUUCUCUUAUUCCUUUGAAAGUAUUUUUCAAAUUAAUGGCACAUUACAGAAAAAGUGUUUGUGGAAUGUAAGUUUGCAUAUAUAUAAUGUUCAGGUGUUCUUUUUAUGUAUGGCACAUACUGAUUGAUUCCAAAUACAAGAACUAUUUUGGGACUAGAUAGAGACACUAGUUUUUUGGGUUUAAUGGAACUGACAAUAGUAGUUUUUGUACCAUUGACAAAUUGCUGUGCUCCAUUUUAUACCUUGUUGGCAUUUUGAAAGUAUGUGAGCUUAAAGCUGAUUAAAAUAAUUAAGUACAACCAAAGGUCUGUAUUAAUGAACACCAACUUAUACUUUAAUAUUAUUAAUAGUAAAUUGAUAUGUACAUAUUGUUUGUUAAUACAGUCCAUGCAUUCUGUACAUAAAUUAAUUACAUUUCUAAACAUUUUUAAUACUCAUACCAGCUCUCAAUCCUCUGCUUUAAGUUUGUGACAAUUUUGUGCUCAUUCUAGGUAUAUGCUAUAUAUUUGAUUUUACAAUUGUUUAUUCUUGUAUAUAAAUAAGUGCAAUACAAAGAUGUAUACAGUCUUUGCUAUGUUAGGUUUAUACAUUGUUUAAAAAAUCAUCUUUUUGCCAAAGUGAUGGAGUAUGUAAUUGGUGAUCAUAAUUACUGUGGUAAAUGGUGGUGUAAUUUAAAGCUUUUACCAUAUUAUUAUUCUUUUAAGACAUUUAAUUUAGUAAUUUUAUAUUUGGGGAAAUAAAGGUUUUUAAUUUUAUUUAACUGGAAACACUGUCCUGCUGUACUACAUUAAACAUUCUGUACUACAUCUGUAUUAAAAAAAACAAACAAACCAUGGCUAACUUCUCUGAAGUGUCUGUUGGUUCUUGUUGUUUUGGCCUUAUCCAUAAAGGGGCAAAAAAAAGAUGAUUUAUUUUUUUUAAAAAUCAGUUUGCAACACACAAGCUUUAACCCAUUUUGCACUUUGGAAUAUUUAAGGACUUCCACACUGCAUGUAUAACACAAUAUGGAAGUUCUUUUGAAUAAAUUCUCUGUCAUAAAGCUGUUACAUCUGAUUUACUCCUACCCUUUCAUUGUUGUUAACUAAAACCUUCAUAAAAAUUCUGCCCACUGUAAUGCUGCUAUCAUGAAUUUACCAAAGAAUGUCUGAUGAUAAAGUGUAGCUCUCCCCCUCCCCUUCAAGAAAAGAAAAGCAUUAAAAAAUUCUCUCACCCUUGCUCCAUGUGAUAUGCUACCAUUUUCAUUGCUGGAGAAGUGAACUUCUGUGUUGCCCUUGUAUAAUAAUGAUACUUUGAGAGAGCUCAGUGUUGUUUUAUACAUAAGCUUUGUGAGAAUAAAAAUUCUUA